AUGAUCGAAUCAAGAGAUAGAUUGGUUAGGGAAGAAAAAGAUCCAUUCACUCCCAUAUCUGUUCCAAAAUUGGGUUUAGGUAUAUCUAGGUUUGCUGUUGGUAGUGAAAGAAAUUUAUUCGGAUCGGCGUCACCAUCUCAAACUACUUCUCCAAUGGGUUUCAGUGGCUCUCCAACGGGUUUAAUGGCGAUACCAAGUUCAAGAAAUAUUGCUUUGAGAAGGGUCGGAUUUGGCCCUAAUAAUCGAUUAGGUAACAGUAGGAUUUCUUCUUCUACAGGAUCUGAGAAUUUUAGUCCUAAGGGAAGUGAGCGCCGAAGCAGAGGAGGUGCAAAGAACAGUCUACUUCCUUCUUGGUACCCAAGAUCGCCUCUUCAGGAUAUCACUGCCAUCGUCAACGCCAUUGAAAGGAGAAGAAAUCGUCUUAAAGAGGCUGAGCAACAUAGACUUGCCAGUGUGCCACCUCAGGAAAUAAGUGUUCAAGACAGCACAUUACCUACUGCUGGUGCUCCUCUCGAGCACAACUUGUCCCCGACUUCUUCAGACCUUCCUGCGGCUUCCAAGAAGGCUUCUCAAUCAACUGCUGUUCACUGUCCACAAAUGAUUUCACUGAAAAAUGUGUCUCCUGGUGAAAUCAAUUGCCUAACACCCCAGAAGAAACUUCUUAAUUCAAUUGAUGAGGUUGAGAAAAUUGUCAUGAAGGAAUUCCAGAGAAUUAAGAAAACACCCAUUGCAAAGAAGAUAGAGAGAGAAAACAAAGUUCGGAAAUUGAUGGCAAUGCGAUGAAAGGAACCAUUUUCUCCCUGAAUUUUGCAGUACCAUGAGACAUGACAAAUGGUGUAAAGGAGGAAAAGAAGGGGGGAAUAACUACAACUACAUAUGGGGUAACGAGAUCACUUUGUGGUGAUUUCACUGGUAAUAGUAGGCAUAUAAAUUUUUCUAUUUUUGCAGUCUAAUCCUUGCUGAAAGUCCCUGUGUUAGACUAGUAAGCUCA